AUGGACAAGAACAUGGUCAAUCACAGAAUACUGUGUUGUUUUGGUGGAAAUGAAGGAAAGACUGCUGUGAAAGCAAAAGAGAGAGCAGAUGUCACCCUACAGACAGGAGAAAGUCCAAGUAAUGCCAGGAUAAUAUGGACUUUUGGAGCCAAAAAUCAAAGCAUGCUUGCCACCAUAAAGAAGAGGGCGGUGAAGAGUGACUAUGAUGAGCGUUUUAGAGACAGACUGCAGCUGGACAGUCAGACUGGAGCUUUGACCAUCACACAGCUCAGCGUCCAGGACUCAGGCAUCUACAAGUGGCAGGCCAUCGGUGACACCAUCUUAUGGAAGCAGUUUAACCUGACUGUUUAUUGUUCUCUUGGUACUCCCUCCAUUACAGUCAGAUCGUCUUUCAUUAACAAAAGCUGUUCCGCAGUCACAGUGGAGUGCUCAGUGCACAACAGCCAAGACCUGGUCCUGUCCUGGUACAGACAGGAGGGAAGAUUGACAAAUGUUAGCAGUCCUGAUCUGUCCUCCAAUCUGUAUCUCACUCUGGAAAUAGAAUCCCAUGACAGAGGCAGUUACAGCUGUGUAGCUGAAAACCCUGUUGAAAAAAAGGUGACCAAACUAUCAGGAGAAGACACAACUAUUAAGAUGGGGUCUGGAGAGUCCAGGAGCUGGUGUCAGACUGAAUCUACAGUAAGACUGGUCAUCUCUACUGUCUUUGGCAUGGCCUUGAUUAUUCUUGUUGUGGACCACAUCAGACUCCGAAGAUGAACCACAUGUGCACCAAAAUUUUUCUCAAGCUUCACAAAAUGCAGUGUGUCAACACAUCUGCUUUAGAGCUACACAGGA